AUGUUCGUCGUCCCCCUUGCCGCUCUCGUCGCCUCCGCCCUCGCCGCAGACAACCCUUGGGCAACAUACCCAUCAGUCCCAAAAUCUGCCUCCAUCAACGGUUUCGCCGACCCCAUCUUCGACUCCCUUCCCUCUUGCGCCCAACCCUGUGUCAAGCAGUCCGUUUCCUCCACGCCCUGCCCUUACUGGGACACCGGCUGUCUCUGUGUGAUGACCACGUGGUCUUCGAGCGUCACCGAGUGUUUCGCUAAAAACUGUAAGGGCGAUGACGCCCAGAAGGCCCUCGACACUUCGGUCAACAUUUGCAAGAAGGUUGGUGUUUGGGAGCCUUACUGGAUCAUCAACGCCCAGGCCUCGGCUGCCAUUGAGUCUGCCAUCAAGGAGCAGGCCACCACGCAGCAGGAGACCACUUCUUCCAAGCCAGAAACCACCUCUACUUCUGCUCCUGCUGAACCCACCCAGGAGACCACCGCCACCACCGGUGCUCCUACUUCUGCCACUUCCUCGCAGGUUGAGCAGACCUCUGCGCCAGCUGCUUCUUCUCCAAAGGAGACUUCUGCUGCUGCGUCUGCUCCAGCUGUGUCUUCGUUUGAAGGCGCUGGUGCUGGUGCCAAGGCUGGUGUGGCUGUUGGUCUUGCUGCUGGUGUGGCCAUGCUUUUGUAA